CUUUUAUCCAUCUUUCGUGGUCUUUAUUGAUAUACAUUAUACACAAUAGACUCGUUCGAGGAUACCUGAAUCUCUUCACAGCUAUCCGAUACAUCCGCGAAACCAUGUCUCUCCAGCUUUCCAACCUGUUCGGCGUUAAGGACAAGAUCGUCGUAAUCACUGGCGGAGGCACCGGACUCGGCAAAGCGAUCGCGGAGGGCUUUUCUACCAAUGGUGCCAAAGUCUACAUUACGGGACGUCGUGUCGAAGUCCUCGAGAAAGCUGCAGAGGAACUGCGGGGAAGAGCGACACUUGGUGGACAAGUAAUACCCAUUAAGAGCGAUGUGAGCACAAAAGAUGGCUGCGCCCAACUCGUUGAACAGAUCAAGCAGAAGGAAGAUCAUGUUGAUGUGCUAAUUAGUAAUGCUGGUCUGCCUGGGAAGACGGACUAUCCUCCUUGGAAUCCCAACGAUCCCGACGCUGUUGAAAGAGGGCUGUGGGAAAGUGUCGACGACGAAUCCUUUACCACAACCAAUAAUGUCAAUAUCAGUGGUGUCUAUUUCACCACUGUGGGUUUCCUCCCGCUGCUGCGAAAGUCUUCGGACCCCAGCGUGAUUGUGAUUGCUUCCUUGGCCGGGAUUGCCAACCAGAGGACCGUGGGAACGGUGACUUAUGGUGCUUCGAAAGCUGCAGCUAUCCACGUAUCGAAGCUCCUGGCUGGUAGAUUUUCUCCUAUGAAAGUCCGCGUUAACUGCAUCUGCCCCGGAAUUUUCCCCAGCGAGAUGACGUUCGCUGAUACCACUGGCAACGCGGAAAACCUCAAUCCCGUCUCAGAAGGUGCUGCUAAGCGGGCUCCUGCUGGGCGCCCUGGAUAUCCCGAAGAGAUUGUCGGACCGUGUCUGAUGCUGAGUUCCAAGGCCGGGGGCUACAUGAAUGGAGGGUACCUCUUGGUUGAUGGCGGCAGAGCAAUGAGCGCAUCCAUCAACGAUGGGAUUCACAUGCCAGAGGACACAUACGUGUGGUAAAUUCAUAUGUGCCCAAGGACUCAACUACAGCUACCACCCAACCCUAGUUCUAACACACUAAGAUAGCGAUCACAUAGAAGAGUCAUAAUGAACUGAUUAGCUAUCUU